AUGGAAUUUAAACAGUCACUUGAUGGUGGAUGGGGCUGGAUAAUUGUUCUAGUCUCCUUCAUUACUCAGUUUUUGUGUUACGGAUCCCCGUUAGCUGUUGGAGUCUUGUACAUAGAAUGGCUGGAUGCGUUUGGUGAAGGGAAAGGAAAAACAGCAUGGGUUGGAUCCCUGGCAGGUGGAAUUGGCUUGCUUGCAAGUCCUGUCUGCAGUGUCUGUGUCUCAUCUUUUGGAGCAAGACCCGUCACAAUCUUCAGUGGCUUCAUGGUGGCUGGAGGCCUGAUGUUGAGCAGUUUUGCCCCCAGUAUUUACUUUCUGUAUUUUUCCUACGGCAUUGUUGUAGGUCUUGGAUGUGGUUUAUUAUACACUGCAACAGUGACCAUUACGUGCCAGUAUUUUGACAGCCGCCGAGGUCUUGCUCUUGGCCUGAUUUCAACAGGGUAUGGACUUGACAUUCAUACUAUUUUUAUGAAACUGACUUUUUUUCUUACUGUCUUUUCAGGUUGGUUUUAUGACUGGACCCAGACCUAUGACAUUGCAUUUUAUUUUAGUGGCUUCUGCGUCCUGCUGGGAGGUUUUAUUUUGCUGCUGGCAGCCUUGCCCUGUUGGGAUUCAUGCAACAAGCAACCCCCCAAGCCGGCUCCAUCAACCUUUUUAUACAAAGUCGCCUCUAAUGUUUAG